AUGGAUGCAGUAACGGACGAGCUAACAGAGAUGAUGUUACAUUUUCUCGACCCCUCAUCAAUCAUCAGCUGCGCUCAACUUGAUCCCGUGAACGGAUGUGCGACGACCUACUCCUCCACGCCAUCACAUGUUCUUUUAACAAGUCUUAAAGAGCGAGAGAGUAACUUCGCAUCGUUCUCCCCAAAGCAUAGCACCCUAUCUAUCGGACCAGACGAACGUAUACUUGCUGCCUAUGGGCAACGGAUCAUCACCAGUCGUGCUAAAGCAUUACCCGUUUUAGACCAAGGGGUGUCAAAGUGGGCGGCAAUGGUGGAGUACAAAGAAACAGUGGAUGGAGAUCUGAGAACAUGGGCCAAAAAGAAACAUUUGUGGGAUUUUGAACCGUUGAGAAUAUCAGUCGACCUUGAGAGGGACUUGGUUAUGGCCAGUGAAGUGUAUCGAGGGGAAGAUCGAUCGAUGAUCAAAUUCUUCUCGCUAAGUGGAGAUCCUAUCCCUUGUCGAGAAAAACAUCUGCGGUGGAGCGGACAAUCAAGAAACCUCGAAGGAGGCCCUAGAAGAACAAUGUUCGGUCCAUUGAACUCAUUCAUAGUAGUCGCACCUCCAAGUUUGAAUAUAUUUAGCUUAUUUGAUGGACAGCAACUAGCCGCGAUCACCAUUCCUGGUGGAAUCAAGUCGAGCCAUGUAAUACAAUGCGUCUGGCCGAACUACAUAACAAUUUCAUCUUCCAUAAUAUGGACUUGGGCAGGAAAUCCAGACAAAGAUGCCGGUCUUGAUCAGCGUUUAUUCAUCUAUGAUCUUAACAAUAUUCUUUUGAGCAACAAAGACAAACCCGGUCCCAAGAUCGUCAAUAAACCACAUUACAAACUUAUCUAUCCCAGAGCAAUAUCCGAUCUCCCUCCUCACAUCCAUAAGAAGCUGCAAGAGAUCUACCCCGAUAAAGUCCCCCUUGUUCCUGUCAUUGUGCGAGCUCCAAAGAUAUCCCCACCCAGGACCAUCAUAUGA